AGUACUCCUGAAGCUGGCUACCUAGGGAGUAUCACCUAGGCCAACGGGCUUCAUGGCGGCGCGGCUGGUGUCCCGGAUGCUGCGGCGGGUCCUGAGGUCCAGUGUCCGGAGCUGCAGCUCAGGGGCUCGGGUGACGCAGCCCCGACGCGGCGAACCCUCCCAAUCUGCCGCGGAGGAGCUGUCCGGGCGGAGGCGAUUCCUGAGGGAGCAUGCCACCCCCUUCUCCGCCUUCCUCACCGACGGCUUUGGCCGCCAGCACAGCUACCUGCGCAUCUCCCUCACCGAGAAGUGCAACCUCCGAUGUCAGUACUGCAUGCCGGAGGAGGGUGUCCCACUGACCCCCAAGGCAGACCUGCUGACCUCCGAGGAGAUCCUGACCCUGGCACGGCUCUUCGUGAAGGAAGGUGUGGACAAGAUCCGGCUCACGGGUGGAGAGCCGCUCAUCCGGCCGGACGUGGUGGACAUCGUGGCCCAGCUCAAUCGGUUGGAGGGGCUCAGGAAUAUCAGUGUCACCACCAACGGCAUCAACCUGGCCCGGCUGCUGCCUCAGCUUCAGAGAGCUGGUCUCAAUGCCAUCAACAUCAGCCUGGACACGCUGGUGCCAGCCAAGUUUGAGUUCAUUGUUCGCAGAAAAGGCUUCCACAAGGUCAUGGAGGGCAUCCACAAGGCCAUCGAGCUGGGCUACAGCCCUGUGAAGGUGAACUGUGUGGUGAUGCGAGGCCUGAAUGAAGAGGAGCUCCUGGACUUCGUGGCCUUGACCGAGGGCCUCCCCCUGGACGUGCGCUUCAUAGAGUACAUGCCCUUCGACGGCAACAAGUGGAACUUCAAGAAGAUGGUCAGCUACAAGGAGAUGCUGGACACCAUCCAGCAGCGGUGGCCGGAGCUGGAGAAGCUGCCCCAGGAGGAGUCCAGCACAGCCAAGACCUUUAAAAUCCCUGGCUUCCGAGGCCAGGUCAGCUUCAUCACAUCCAUGUCUGAGCAUUUCUGUGGGACCUGCAACCGGCUGCGGAUCACUGCUGACGGGAACCUCAAGGUCUGCCUCUUUGGGAACUCAGAGGUAUCCCUCCGGGACCACCUGCGGGCUGGGGACUCCGAGGAGCAGCUGCUGAGGGUCAUCGGGGCUGCCGUGGGCAGGAAGAAGCCGCAGCACGCAGGCAUGUUCAAUAUCUCCCGGAUGAAGAACCGACCCAUGAUCCUCAUCGAAUUCUCUUUGCUGCUCCAAGAUUCCCCACCAGCCCUUCCAGCCGUUUCCUCUUGGGACUCACUCAGCAUCCAGGGUCUGAGACACAGAGUGGGCGUCUCCAGCCAGGAGGCGGCUUUGUGGAAAGGAUGCUGGGUCCCCCAACCCCCUCCCCUCACCCGGCGAUGGCUGGGGUGUGGCUCCCCUCAGAGACACUACAGUUCCCACUCAGACUCAGAUACCAGCCCAAAGUGCCUUAGCCCCGUGCCCCAGGCUCCUGCGACCCACUCAGGAUGGCUGCCGACCUCAGACGAACUCACCCACGUGGACUCAGAAGGACGGGCAGUCAUGGUUGAUGUGGGCAGUAAGCCAGACACAGCACGGGUGGCCGUGGCCUCUGCCGUGGUCCUCCUGGGGCCUGUGGCCUUCAAACUCGUCCAAGAGAACCGGCUCAAGAAAGGAGAUGCCCUGGUGGUGGCCCAGCUGGCGGGAGUCCAGGCGGCCAAGCUGACCAGCCAGCUGAUCCCUCUGUGCCACCAGGUGGCCCUGAGCCACGUCCAGGUGCGGCUGGAGCUGGACAGCACGCGCCACGCCGUGGCCAUCCAGGCAUCUUGCCAGGCCCGGGGCCCCACCGGCGUGGAGAUGGAGGCCCUGACCUCGGCUGCUGUGGCCGCCCUCACCCUGUAUGACAUGUGCAAGGCUGUCAGCAGGGACAUUGUGUUGGGGGAGAUCAAGCUCAUCAGCAAGACAGGGGGUCAGCGGGGGGACUUCCAUCGGACUUAGCGCUCCCGCCCCCUCACCCCCGGCCCAGCCAGAUCAAGAGAUGGGAUGCAACUGGACCGAGGAAAGAUGUCUAGGUCUUAACUCCGUCACUGUUUACUUUCCCCAGUAGGGACCCCAGGUCAGUUCACCCCUUACUGCUAGAGGACCUGUGACGGCCUGUGAGGUGUCCUUCACUCAGAGGAAACCGCAGGCCCCUCGCCUUCCUGGACACUAGGUCACGGGAGGGUCGCAGUGAGCCACGCUAGAUACUGACAAGUCAGUUAUGCUACCUGCGCACCGUUUCAGACAACCAGUUUGAGUCCAGCCCGUAACUUCCGCUCCUCACGUUGGGUUUUCUCCUCUGCUGCUUCCCUGGGAAGAGGAUAAGGGCUCACGAAGCAGAGGACCCACGUGGAGGGAGCACAGCUCGCGCUGAGAAUGUACGACUUCUCUUCGGCAGCCCUGCCUGCCCCUGCCUCUCGCCCUGCGUCCUCAGAAAGUCUGGUCCCUCCUGCCUGCUCCCUGGCCUGCCCCCUCCUCAGACACACACGCGGGCUGCAGCCCUGAGGACCCCUGACCAGCUGGUCAUGCUCACGCCACACCUGGCCUGUGCACUGCUAUUCCCCCCACUGCCCCCCUUGGUUCUGGAACAUAUCAGGGAAAGAAGAGAGUUGAUUGCCUUCCCCUACAGCGCACAAAAUAAAGCCUUGAUGCCA